AUGAAUAUACUUAUCUCUUUCUCCCAUGUCAUCACUUUCCUCUCAUCAGUCAUCUUAGCAGGCGACCUUCAGGCUGGGGUACAGCUCAACGAGAACAACUUUUAUUCCUUGACUCAGCACGGAUUAUGGUUUUUCGAGCUUUACUCGCCAUUCUGCUCGGCCUGCAAGCACUUUGCCCCUACUUGGAUAGAGUUGGUUGACCAGAUGAAGCAGUAUGAAGUCGAAGGAUUAAAGAUGGGUCAGGUGGAUUGCGUUGCACAAGGCGACCUAUGCGUUCAACUGGGCGUCAACUCAUAUCCAACGAUGAAACUGUACGAAGACGGGAAAGCCAAAGAAACCUACAGCGGCGAUAAAACUGUUGAGUCGAUCAAAAUGUACUUGGUAGACAAAAUCGAGAGUCACCGGAAGCCGAUCGGCUCGGAGUCACAGUCGGCCCACCAUACACCACAUUUCAAUGAGCCUCUCCACUCCACCCCGUCGCCCGAGACAUACGCGUCUGAUGAGCCCGUCCCUCAAGCCCAGCCGCCUCCCGUCUCCGAGGACCCUACCGUCCAGCCCAUUCCUCCUAUCCCGACUGACACCCCCCUCGAGCUACCCAAUCCCAACGGCUGGGUCACCACUCUUACCCCGGAUAACUGGAAGAAGUUCACUGACCCAACCAUCAAUCCUUAUCCGAUAUUCAUACAAUUUCACACUGCAUGGUGCAAAGAGUGUCGCAAAGUGGUUCCUGUCUGGGAAGAAGUUGCACGUCUGCUGAAGAACGAGGUGAAUGUGGCCGACGUCGAUUGUGAAGCCAAAUGGAAUAAGAAGCUCUGCAAAACUGAACACGUGAAGGAUUUUCCUACCUUCCUCAUCCACCACGAAGGAACCCAACUCGGCUACUCAGGACCAAUGGAGGCUACCUCGAUGAUUGAUUUUAUUCGCAAGACUGUUGCUACUCCCGGGACGCACGAGAUCAGCAUGCGUGAACUGGACCAUGCAAUCAAGAUGUCGAAGAUCUUUUUCUUAUUCCUGCACACGAAUCGUACCCCGUACUCGAUAGUUAACGCGGUCCAAACUGUCGGCAAAAGCUUGCUUGGCUCGGCGUUCAUCCUCAAGUCGGACCAGAGGGACAUCUACGACCGAUUGGGAUUGUCAAGUUACCAUCCCUACCUACUCGUCUUCAAAGAAGGAGAGCCGACGCCAUUUUCCAAGAUUGUGUUGGAGGAGGCGUCACCGAAGAAGGAGCCGAGCGCGGUUUUGCGACACCGGCUGCUGACCGUCGCCCUCCGCCAUUGGAUUGCAGUUCAAUCGAUCCCGAUCCUUGACGAACUCGACCAGCGAAACUUUCACCGGGUGCUCGCAUCGGGGGCCAAGAAACUCGUCGUCAUCGCCAUCCUCAGUGGGAUCGUUCCCAGCCGCGAAGGCAUCAACCUUGAAAAGUCUAAUCCCAAAUCGGUUGAGCUUAAGGAUGAGAUGAAGGGAUGGGCACUCCAGUGGCGCAAGAGCCAGGAAGCCCGGGGUGUCGAUGACUUGACAGUAGACUGGGUCUGGGUCAACAGUGAGAUCUGGGCAAAUUGGCUCUCCACCACCUACGGAGUCAACCUUCCUCGACCGACCGAAGAUCCCAGAGAUUCAAGCAUGAUCAUCAUUGUAGACGCCAAACAUCACCGUUAUUUUGACUCACAGGAAGACGGCCGUGAUAUCGAAUUCAAACCUUCCUCAGUCUUCCAGACCCUCUUGGCCGUCGAAAUGGGCAAACUGUCCGGCAAAGCGUCUGGAACAUUCAUGAGUCGAAUGUCUUGGCGAAUCAACCAAUUUACAUCAUCUAUCAGUUUCCUGUUCCAGCCCCACUGGUUAUUCUUCUGGGCGGUGUUGUUCGGGAUCGUAGGUUUCACGUUCAAGAGUCAGCGCCGGAUCUCGCUGGGCCGGGGCUCUGUAGGCUUCAGUCCAAUUUCGCCGCAGAUGACGAAGAGCUUCCACUCCUCUAUCGGCUCGCCCGACACCAAGUCUCCCGGCUUCGGCUCCGUCUUCGGUCUCUCCUCUAACGUUCCCUGCAAGUCAGACUGA